CCUCUGUGCUCGACACGUCCUCCUGCCUCUCGAAGCACUCGAAAGUUAUUUAGAACUCGAUUGGGUACAGGGUUCUCGAACGAGCCUGGCUCGCUAAUCUCGCGCACAGGAGAGGCGAAGAGCCGCUACUACUACUAGCUAGAGUGGUCAGCAAUGGCGCAGCUGAGAGCACCCGCCGACGAGCAGCGGCAGCAGGAGGCGCUGCACAGCGAGAAGGACGACGUCGCCGGCGGCGGCGGCGGCAACGAGAGCAACAAGAAGGCGCGCGCGGGGCUCUGCGGCGUGCUCCGUGAGCGCAAGGUGGUGGACCUGGCGCGCGCCAAGCGCCGGCUGGUGGAGGUCCCCUACACUGCGACGCUGGCGCACACGGCCAACGCGCUCCUCGCGGCGCGCGUCUCCGCGGUCGCCGUGGCCGCGCCGCCGGGCCACUGGAUCGGCGCCGGCGGGUCCAUGAUCCUCGAGUCCGACCCGGCCACCGGCGCCGUCCGCAAGCACUACAUCGGCAUGGUCAACAUGCUCGACAUCCUCGCCCACAUCGCCGAGGCCAGCGACGAGGCCGAGGCCGACGACGAGGCGGUCGACCUCGACCGCCGGAUGGCCGUUCCGGUGUCCUCCGUCAUCGGCCACUCCCUCGAGGGCCUCACCCUCUGGACGCUCCAUCCAAACACCAGCGUGCUGGACUGCAUGGAGACGUUCAGCAAGGGGGUGCACCGGGCGCUGGUGCCGCUGGAGAGCUCGGCGGACAACGUGGUGGCGGUGGAGCUCGUGGAGUCCGCGCCGGGGUACCGGAUGCUCACCCAGAUGGACGUGGUGCGGUUCCUCAGGGCGCACGGCGCGGAGCUCAAGGGCGUGCUGUCGCGGACCGUGCGCGAGCUCGGCGCCGUGAACGAGGCCGUGUUCGCGUUAGCGAGCGGCGCCAGGGUGAUCGACGCCGUCAAAGCGAUGCGCGCGGCGUCGCUCACCGCCGUGCCCGUCGUGGACGCCGCCGUCGGCGAAGAGACACUGCAAGACGGGGUGGGCAAGAAGGCGAUCGGGACGUUCUCGGCGACGGACCUGCGCGACUGCCCGGUGGCGCGGCUGCAGCCGUGGCUGGGAAUCAGCGUGACGGAGUUCAAGAGGAAGGUGGCCGAGUACCGGGCGAGCAACAAGCCCGUCGUCCCCGGCGCCGACGCCACGGACACCGGCGUCCCGGUCGCCGCCGACGCCGACACCCCAGCGGCGGCCGCCGUUGCCACCGAUGAAGAACGGAGCAACGAGCAGCCGCUGGUGACGUGCUUCCCGGAGAGCACCCUCGGCGAGGCGAUCGAGGCGGCGGCCACGAGGCACGUGCACCGGCUGUGGGCGGUGGACGGGGAGGGGCUGCUGCGCGGGGUCGUGUCGCUGACCGACGUCCUCCGGGCCGUGAGGGGGGCCGCGCUCGGCGAGGAUCGGGAGCUCCACAACAUCGUGUCGUCCUAGAAGUUGGCACUGAAGUGCUGACUUUUCCACUCGUGUUCGUCGGCAAGCUUGUGAUUUUGCCUUGUUCCUCUGUUCAACGGGUCCCCAGGCUUAGUUUGUGAGUAAAGGGUUAUUAACCCAGGGAGAAGGCCGGGAACCCGGCGGGGAAACGAGUUUCCAAACGAGCCUGCGGGGAAAGCGUGUGCCUCGUACGCCAUCCCGCGCGGCCGCGCCUCCCACUUUUCUCCCGCUGACAAACGGGGGCCACCCAACCGUCCCCACCCGCAGAUCGCCUUCCACCGCCGCCACUCCGGCUCGCCGCCGACCACCAAUCCCGCUAGCCGCUAUGGAUCCACGCCUCCGCAAGCUCGGGGCGUCGUCCAUGGCGGACGUGGAGCGCCACUUCGCUAGGUACGAUCCGACCACCACUCAGAUCGACGUUGACAGGAGCACGCGCCUGGUCGAUGCCGUGAAGAUGUACGAGCGGAUGCGAGCGGGUGUGAGAGGCGAGGACCGCAUCCAGGUCUUCAACCCGGAGCGAUUGCUCCGCAAGGUAGAAGCCGAAGAAGCCAUGCGCGGGGCGGUUGAGGAGAUGAACAGCUCCAUUGGCAAAGCGAACUUGAAGAUCCGUUCGGCGAAUGCUGGGAUUCGUUCGGCGAUUUGGGGCGAUUCGUGGGUUCAUGCUGGGAUGGUCUGAUUCCGUCGAUUUGCGAUUGGGUUUUGGGGACUGAGAUAUCAGGAUUCGUGGGUUCAUGCAGGACUUCUAAUUCGUGACUGUUCUGAUUGGUGCGGGGAUUCAGGAUUCUGACUGGGGAUUCUUCACUGUUCAUCUGCAGACACAGUUGGACAUUCCUAACCCUGAAGCUGAAGACGGUGUCCCUCCAGAAAGGGAGAUCUCCAAGAAGCAGAAGCUGAAUCUGCGGAAAGCCGACGCCGAAUCCCAAGUCACAUUUUGGAAGCUCAACCUGACAGUUCGAAUGCUGCGUUUUGUUGUUACCGAGUUCAGUGUCAGACAGGUAUAGAGUUCAGUUUCAGAUGGUAUAGAGUUCAGUUUUACUAUUUUAGAUCAGAAGACAUAGAAUUGUGAUUUUGCUUCCUAGCACAUAUUCUUAGGCUUCAUAAGCUUUUGUCAGCUUAUUUCAUUGUACUGCUUGUUGCAUGGAACACAUUCUGAUGCAGUUGAUAUCUGUGCUACACAAGUAUUUGCACAUGUCAGUUUUAUCCAUGCUGAGGUUUCUUGUA